GUCUGUCUUCUCAGAAUGACCGACUGGGAGACGGCGCCCGCCGUCACGGAGACCCCCGACAUCAAACUGUUUGGCAAGUGGAGCACGGAUGAUGUGCAGAUCAAUGACAUCUCCCUCCAGGACUACAUCGCCGUCAAGGAGAAGUAUGCCAAGUACCUGCCCCACAGCGCCGGGCGCUACGCGGCCAAGCGCUUCCGCAAGGCCCAGUGCCCCAUCGUGGAGCGGCUCACCAACUCCAUGAUGAUGCACGGGCGCAACAACGGCAAGAAGCUCAUGACCGUGCGCAUCGUCAAGCACGCCUUUGAGAUCAUCCACCUGCUCACUGGCGAGAACCCCCUGCAAGUCCUGGUUAACGCCAUCAUCAACAGCGGACCCCGUGAGGACUCGACCCGCAUCGGCCGCGCCGGCACCGUCAGGAGACAGGCUGUGGACGUGUCCCCGCUGCGCCGCGUCAACCAGGCCAUCUGGCUGCUGUGCACCGGGGCCCGCGAAGCCGCUUUCCGCAACAUCAAGACCAUCGCCGAGUGCCUGGCGGACGAGCUCAUCAACGCUGCCAAGGGCUCCUCCAACUCUUACGCCAUCAAGAAGAAGGACGAGCUGGAGCGUGUGGCCAAGUCCAACCGUUAAAAAAACGCUGCUGUAGCCUCACGAAUAAAGUUCAUUUCUAUUCUCUC